AUGAAGUCGUUUCGUUUGUCUUUACUGCGCUUCUUUAGAUAUCAUAAUCGAAACAAUCAUGGCAAUCCCUUAUUUACUAUUUGUUGCGCGUUUCAUCAUGUUGGAAAUACCAGCCAGAAGUAUUCAUCUCGUAAAGGACCUUUAAUACCUAGUUCUUAUUACCGCAUCUCUAAAGACACUGACUAUAUUGAUAGUAAGUGUGAAAACGCUUCUAUUCAAGACUCCACGUGCGUACAUAGAACCGACAAUGAUGUGAAGCAGGUUGAUAAAGCAAUGAACGAGCUCUAUGGAAAUUCGGCAGACCCAAAUUCAUGCGUGCCAUUGGAUGGUCCUAAGCGAAUUAGCCCACCCUUCUCUGACACACCGCUACGUUUGAUGCAAGACUGGAUGAACAAAAGGGAUUUUUCGAAGGUUGUGAACUAUUUUGAAGCAAAUUACCGCUCGGAUAAGGAAUCGUUUUUGAAUUUCUGCGUGAAUCCCUGCGAGGCUAGAGACGUUGUGCUUUCUCUUAUGCGGUCCUACAUGUCGCUUGGACAGAUGCGAGGUGUCCGGAAUAUUUUCGUCAUUGCAUUAAGAGACCUUGCGCCCCAAAAAGGUCUCACAAGCUCGCCGACUACGGAAUGGAGCCAACGUCAGCAAGCUGCACAUCAAUCCUCCCCAGCCUCAAAGGGACUUAGCUCCUCUCUGACAAGGCAUCUCGUCAGCACUGACAGGGUAUCGCAAGUAAUGCACUGGAGCAGGCCCUCUUUACUUAAUGUUAAUAUCUUCAAUGCUUACCUGGAAGUUUUGACUCGCCGCAAGAAUUUCGAUCGCGCUGAAGUGAUUUUCAUCCUUAAAGAAAUGAAGGAAGUUGGUGUGCUUCCCAACCCACUGACAUACCAUUACCUCAUUGAAUUGCACGUGCGUGCUGGACUAGACCCGAAGGGUUUGUGGGAUGAGCUUAUCUAUGAGAAAAAGCUUGACCCUCUACCCUGCACGGUCCAAGUGAUGCUGUUACGUGUUGUACCCUCCAGUCCAGACAGCGUCUUCGUUGUCGAGGUGACGCGACAGGCCCUCCGACAUGGCUCAGUCAUCAUGGACAAGCGCAUGCUGCUAGAGCGGAUUGAGGAUUGGCUACAGGACCCUGUCCACCGAUCAGCAGCACAUUCUUCGACCCCUAAGAUAGUGGAAAAAAAGGAAUCAACUGUGUCACCAUCCGGAACCACCGUGGUACCCGCGUGUUAUCCCCCUGAGUACAUACUUUGGCUGAUGUUAGAGCUUGAGAUACGCUGUGUGCUCGAUAAGGCCUACUUCACCCAGUACGUUCAGCAGCAACAUGUGGCACAGUUGCUCUUGCGGUGUGCCAAGUGCGCGGAUGCGGUCACUACGGCACAAGUGCUCGCGCUGAUGGACCGACACAUGAUGGCAAGAACAGCGGACCUGCUCGCUUUGGUGGUGUGGUGUUGGGCUCAAGCUCUUGAGCUUGGAAAGGCAUUUGACAUAGUCGAGCUGAUGGCACGUAAGGGUUACCUCGACUUUACUGAUCUAUUUAAGCGUUAUCACGUGGAGUGUUUGCGCUAUACAAUGGAUCGGCAUUUCCUAAUGGUUCUUGCGGAUUCUAUCAGCUCCAUGAGUUUGCUCGAUGAGGUGCUGGCGCACCUCAAGGAACGCAAACGCUGUGGUGAACUAGUGUCCGUUUAUUCACUCGAUGUGAUUGUGUUAGCGGCAUGCAAGCUUGGAGAGGAGCGGCGGGCCAUGGAGUUAGUCUUCUCCUAUGACUCAAUAUGGGGGGUACGACCGCAGACAAGUACUCUAAAUUGCCUUCUCGUGGGCUCCAGCACUCAGCGUGGUUCGGUGUUGCUUCGGACGCUUUAUGAAUCGAUGCUCAAGGCUGGGGUUACACCUAAUCCACAGACCUUCCGCGUGCUGAUUCGUCAAGCAGUCCUCCACGAUGAUAUUGAUGAAGCUGUAUAUUACCUACAGGAGGUUGACCGCCACCCGAGCCUAAGAGUGGAGGUGGAGAUGAUCCUUCCGAUAUUUGAACGCGCCGCACGGGCCGGUGAUGUGGAGACGGUUAAUAAGAUUAGCAAGUAUUCACUUGAUUGCGAUAUUGGCAUUGAUACUAUGGUACUGCAAACCGCAAUGAAGAAUCUGACGGAAGCAGGUCAAAGCAUUGAGGGGUUGAAAGGCCAUCAGCCCCUACACGAAGCGUUGCGCUCCAGAUCAAAGGUCGGUCGUCAGCGGGUCCGAAGUGAAAUCACACUGUAG